GUCAAACUAAAACAUAUGAGGAGCACACGAGUACAAAUAACAGUAAUUCAGCACAAGAACAGUGAACAAACACUAACUUCUCUUAACUAGAGACGAGUUCACGCAGAGUACAAGCUCACUACACUGGAUAUAAUAAGAAAGUUCUCGUCUACCAACAGAAACAUUAAGGUUCCUGUAACCGGCUUUAAGAGGCUCACACUUCCUCUGUAAUCUACUUCACCAGAGCUCCAUAUACAGCGUGGUACCGGCAGCCUAAGUUUUGUGCACAGCGCCAUGGUAACCCACAGCAAGUUUGACAGCGCAAUGAGCAGCAGCCUGUUUGACGCAAAUAUGCGGCUGCCAUCUCACCGUUACAAGACCUUCAGCUCCAAACUGCAAUAUCAGAUGGUGCAACACGCCGUCCGGAAGCUUCAAGAGAGCGGCUUCUAUUGGGGCCCCAUCAGUGGCAAAGAUGCCAAUCACAUGUUGAACUCAGAGCCCAGUGGGACCUUUCUGGUCCGAGACAGCUCGGACAACCGGCACUUCUUCACACUCAGCGUCAAGACAGAGUCGGGCACCAAGAACUUGCGAGUCCAGUGUGACAGCAAGUGCUUUUUCCUCCAGACGGACUCCAAGAGCAUGCAGUCUGUGCCUCGCUUUGACUGUGUGCUCAAACUCGUCCAUCACUACAUGCCAUUGUCCAGGAGUCCACUGUUAAUAGGAAACUCUCAAAGUGCAUACUACAUUUACUCAGGAGGUGAUAAAAUCCCCCUGGAGCUCUUGAGACCGCUACCAUGCACCAUGUCCUCCCUGCAGCAUCUGUGCAGGAAGACGGUGAAUGGACAUAUAGAUGUUUCCAGCAAAAGAGACCAGCUGCCUCAACAACUUAAAGACUUCCUACAGGAGUAUGAUGCACCUAUCUAAAUUGAUAGAGUGGUGGAACAUAGAUGUGGCUAUUUUGAAUGAAGAAACAAGAAGCAAUGAGGUCGUUGAAGCAAGUCUGGCAGACGCAAAAGGCCUCUCAAGGAGAUGGAUUUUAGGUUGGGGCUUGAUGAGCUGAGUUUAAGAGCUUGAAGUAUUGAGCUCUUAAUGAUAAUUUUGAGUGCUUUCAUUAAUGCCCCUACUGAAAAGACCAGCUUAGCAUGGCCGGGUCUAAUGGGGGGCUAGAGGGGGCAUGGCACCCCUAGAUUUUCCUUGUGCCCCCAUCCUAAGAAGAGACAAUCAGUUGCCAACCCGAAAGAUCAAACUGCUCCCCACAAAAGAUCACAUCCAAGUACCGCCAAAGGCUUAGACCAUCAAAAAUUUCUUUCUGGUCUUUCUGGAGAAGGGGGUUAUGAAGCCUGGUGGGGACACGUGCAUCCAAAAAGACAACAUAUGCUGGUGACCGUCAAUGCUAGUCUUUUCAACUGGGGGCAUUCUUAUGUGACUGAUGUUCAAGUGCCAUUUGUACUGUUUUUACGCCUGUACCAGUGCCAGCCUCUGCACUUCCCCCGAAUCUGCACAGAGAAAGCAAGUCAUUUAACAGGAACCAGCCUCCGCCUUCUUCCAAGUAAAUAUUUGUGCCUUUCAAGGGAAAAAGGAAGAAGUGAGUUACUGCACACCACUGAGGCAGAGCGGACAUGCUGUUGAGAAAUUACUUCUUGAAGGGAACAAAUGAGUCAAAGAAAUUUAAGACUGAACACUGAGAUGGACACACAUAUAUAUAUAUAUAAAUAUGGGGGUGAUUCUCACGAAACCUGUCAAGAAGAUUUCUUACUGGUUUCUUUUUAUUUUGGAUUCAAAUAGGACAAGAUCAUUUUCUUGACAAGUUUUGUGAGAAUCACCCAUCAUGGACAAAUGUCAGAAUUCUGUUUAUACUUGAAAGAGCGACAACUUUGGAACAAAAUUGCUGUCUCUUUUUGGAGUUUUAGAAGGAGGGUUAGAUCCAAAGUUGAGUUUGACAGGAAAUGUGGUUGUGUUUAAUGUCAGGAGCAGUUUAAAAGAGAUUGCUUGUUAUUGAAUGUAUUAACACACACACACUCACACAGAUGUUGUCUGUCUAAAGAACACCCAUGUUUCACCUUGUCAUACAAGAUAUUGUUACAUACUGUAUAUGAAGAUAAAUUCAGAUCACUUAUCUUUUGUAAAGAUAUACGAAACAUUUGUCUCGACAAUGCAUAUUUAUAUUUAUACAUCAUUUCAAUAAUUUAUUAAAGAGCAUUAUUUUUGUACAAACAAAA